AUGGACCCUCAUGGAAGAAUAGAUGUCAAGUGGGAUGUCAUGUCUUGGACCCCUGAUGGCUAUGUGGCAGUGGUGACAAUGACGAACAUGCAGACCUACCGCCACAUAGAAUCCCCAGGAUGGACACUGGGAUGGAGAUGGGCCAAGAAAGAAGUAAUCUGGUCAGUUCUAGGCGCCCAAGCUUCAGAUCAGGGAGACUGUUCAACCUUCAAACAAAACCUCCCCCACAGCUGCAAGAAAAACCCAUCCAUCAUCGAUCUCCUCCCUAACGCCCCUUUCAAUCAGCAGUUCAGUCAAUGCUGCAAAGGUGGAGUCUUGGCAUCUCAGGGCCAGGACCCAGGAGCUGCUGUCUCGUCGUUUCAGAUCAGCGUCGGACGUUCUGGCACUUCGAAGAAGACGAUCAGCUUGCCGCAGGAUUUCUACUUGUUGGGGUCUGGCCCUGGCUACACCUGCACUGCUGCCGCCGUCGUCUCGCCUUCGGCUUUCUACUUGGGUGAUGGCCGGCGGCGAUCUCAGGCUCUCAUGACAUGGAGUCUGACGUGUAGUUACUCCCAAACGAUUGUCUCCAAGAACCCAUCAUGCUGUGUUUCCAUGUCAUCAUUUUACAGCACUCAGAUCACUCCUUGUCCAUCCUGCUCUUGUGGGUGCCAGCAGGGCCAAGCCAACUGUGUCAAGAAGGAGGACAACAAGAUAUCAAGUGUGGUGGAGAAAUCAAAAGCAGAGAGGAAGAUGGUACAAUGUACAGAGCACAUGUGCCCAAUUAAGGUUCAUUGGCAUGUGAAGAACAACUACAAGACACAUUGGAGAGUGAAGCUUACUGUCACAAACUUCAGAUACAGAACGAACUACACCAAGUGGACACUUGCAGCUCACCAUCCCAGCCUCAGAAGCCUGGCCAAUGUCUCCAGUUUUCUGUACAAGCCACUCAUGGUUUAUGGCGCUUCGAAUGAUACCGGGAUGUUCUAUGGGAUAGAUGGUGUGAAUGCAGUCCUGCUUGAAGCCGGAUCGAAUGGGAAUGUGCAGUCAGAGAUCCUUCUGCAGAAGGACAACAACAGCUCCUUCAGUUUGGAGCAUGGAUGGCCAUUCCCAUGGAGGAUUUACUUCAAUGGCGAUGAAUGCGCGAUGCCUUCUCCUGAUACUUACCCUUCUUUACCUAGCUCGGCUCGUUUCAGUGCACUCACUGGUUUUGGUAGCAUAAAGGGUGGUUUGCAGAUUUUGGUGUUCAUCAUUCUGGUAGGGAUCUUUUAG